AAUUCUUCCCCAAUUCUUAAAAGCUCCCCGUCUCUAGACAUCGUACGCUCAGACGACGCGCAGAUCCGAGGAAAGAAAAGCAAAUCGUGCCCAACCAAACCCUAGCCCCCUCCCCAGCCCAUGGCGAAGUUCGGCGAGGGCGACGCACGCUGGAUCGUGCAGGAGCGCGCCGACGGUGCCAACGUCCACAACUGGCACUGGGCGGAGCGCGACUGUCUCGACUGGUCUCGCGCGCUUCUCUCCAAGCUCCUCGCGGGCCUCCCCGUCCUCUCCGGAGAGGGCGGCCUCACCCUCCGCACCACCACCCUCGACAAGCUUGAUGGCGAGGCCUACGUCAACAUCCGCAAGGGCAAGGUCAUCCCAGGGUACGAGCUUUCCCUCACGCUCGCCUGGGAGGCCGAUGCCACAACCGAGUCGGGGCUCGUCAAGGUCACCGGCACCGCUGAGGUACCCUACCUCGCUGACGAGAACGCCGACGAGGACCCCGAACUCCGCAUCACUGUUCGCGGUGACGACGGCCCCCUCGCGCGCCGGGCCAAGGAUGCUUUCAUCGCCCAUGGCAAGCCUCUGGUCAUUGCCAAGAUCCGGGAUUAUGUCGCCGCCAUGGCGAAUGGUGGCCCCGCCAAGGACGAGAUAGAUUCUAAGAAGAUUUCCACCAAGGCCGCCCCAGCGGCUGUUGCUCCUGCUCCUUCAGUGAAGGUGACAGCAGCGCCAGUGCAGGCGCCAGCAGCUAAGGAGAAGAAGGCGAAUGGCAAGGAUAAGGAAGGAUUCAAGACUAUCGAGAUGACAGAGAAGUUCAACUGCCGCUCCAAGGACAUCUAUGAGAUCUUGAUGGAUGACAACAGGUGGAAGGGUUUCACACAGAGCAACGCGAGGAUCAGCAAGGAUGUUGGUGGGCAGUUUAGCCUCUUUGAUGGGUCCAUCACAGGUGUUAAUGAGGAGCUGCAGGAAGGGAAGCUGAUCGUGCAGAAAUGGCGGUUUGGGAGCUGGGCUGAUGGUGUCCAUUCUACAGUCAGGUUGGUGUUUGAUGAGCCUGAGUCAGGAGUGACAAUAAUAAAGCUCAAACAAACUGAUGUGCCAGAGGAAGACAGGUAUGGGAACUCAACCGUGGUGGAGAACACCGAGAAAGGCUGGAAAGAGCUCAUCUUCCAGAGGAUACGUGCAGUGUUCGGUUUUGGGGUCUGAAAAAGCAUCUUUGAGAUCCAUCUUCAAUGAAGUCGAUCCUGCCUUUUCAUGGCUAUCCAUGUUUUGCUGUCUUAGUUUAUUCGAUGCUGAUAGACACACAAAACUUAGUGAACUUCCGGGAAUUGAAAAAUACGUGUUACCUUGUAUUCAUCACGCUGGGUUGUGCUUUGAAGUCGUCACUCAUGAAAGUUUGAGCUUGUGACUCAUGUAGAGGCCGGCGAAAGAUGGUCGCUGAGUGACUAUUAUUUUUGUUCCUUGCGUCUGUAUGACAUGGUACCAGAUAAAUGGUAUUGAAGGUUCUAGUUC